ACAACAAGCACUCUGUUACCCCUUCAGCUUGACGCCAUUUACAGCCCAAAUCCCGACCUCCCCUCCGGAAAGAGCAAAAAAAAAAAAAAAAAACAGACGCACACGCGAGAAAAAGUAGACUACUUGCAAACCCUUAUAGCCUUGCGGAUAAAACACACCGAAUUAAAACUUACUUCUGCGCUGGAGUUUUGUCGCUCGCCUCUCCAUUUCCCCCCUUUCUUCUUCUCCUUGUUUCAAGACUCGAGCUACGUCUGCACGUUCCGGCGAUGAUUGAUUGAAGGUUUCGCAUGUUUUAAUGCCUCGUGCUCUCGCGCAAAACACGAGAUUUACGUCUUAAAACUGCUUUUUUGUUGAAAAAUGCGCUCCGCUUGGAAACUUUCUCAAUGGAUUUUACCGACGGCUUUCCAGACUUGAGCUGCUGAUGUAGGGAAUACACUGUCUGUCAAACUGGAUCUAUUUCACCUAGACGGGGGCUAAAGUGUCGAAAACACGGACUUCAGAUGUGUCCCAUGCCAGCCAGAGUGGCCCUUCAGUCCCGAGAUGGAUUCCAGAAGUCAGAGCGACAGCGAUGGGGGAGGAGGAAGCCACGGGAGGUCGGCAUCAUCCACUGGCUCGCCAGAAACGCUGCAUGACGAAGGGAGACCGCAACCACGGCCUCUGCAAGGCCACGAUGGUCUGCCACAUCCUGCAUUGACCAAUGGGCAGCCGCCCCAGACUCCAGCAGUGCUAUCUCUGGAUCAGAUCAGGAUAAGUGGGUGUAGUAAUGAGUACACAGAAGGGCCCACAGUUGCCCAAAGGUCUCCGGCCUCUGAGCAUAAACAACAGAAGAGUGACUUGGUUACGUCGCCAGGUUCAAGGACCAGUGGGCUGCAGGAGACCCGGGAAGAGAGGCCUAAUAAUCUCCACAACCUGACUCAGUAUGGAAACCCAAAUACUUCCAUCUCUUCUAGGGAGGGUUUGCUGCGGUCCUCCAGCGCAGAGGACUCACAGAGUAGCAUCAGGACCAGCGUGGGGAGCACUUCUUCAGGCCAGAGACUCCUCAGCAGCCCGGCAGGCAGCAACCAGAUAAUCAGAACCCAGCCCAAAUGUGCAGAGCUUAAUUCAGAAGAGCUGAAACCCCUGACGAAUGACUCCAGGGAGGUGGUGGUUGUGCUGGGCAGCAGGGCCUCUAAAAAUCAAGGUGUACACUCCACCAAGUGUGAGGACUGUGGUCGGUGCUGCUGUUCAGAGUGCCGUCGGCCGCGGGUGCUUCCUUCCUGCUGGAUGUGCAGCCAUCGGUGCGUGUGCUCGCUGCAGAGUGCGGUGGAGUACGGGACAUGCGUCUGCUGUGUCAAGGGGCUCUUCUACCACUGCUCCAGUGACGACGAGGACACGUGCGCCGACAAGCCCUUCUCGUGUACGCAGUCGCACUGCUGCGCCCGCUGGGCCACUGUGUCGCUCCUCUCCCUGCUCUUCCCCUGUCUCUUGUGCUACCUCCCAGCUAAAGGAUGUGUCGCCGCAUGCCAGUGCUGCCAUGACCGAGUAACACGACCCGGCUGUCGGUGCAAGAACACAAAUCCAAUCCGCCACGCGAAUGCCGGCAAGCCAACGUAGACAAGAAUGUUGUGUGUGUGAAAGUACAGAAGGAUGGAAAAUGACUGAACUGAUGUUUGGGCCCUCUUGUUCUGUAGUUGAAAGGUUUGUUUGAAGAGCUUGUGAUACUGUCGAGGUUUUGUGUUUUCUGGGCAGAGAUACAGUCAUAUUUUGCCUUGAAUUGUCAGCUAUUAAGGUUGAUAAUGGCACUGGAGGUGCGCUCACUCAACCUAGAAUUAAGAGUUCCUCUUGAAAGGCAAACCAAAAUAAGCGCUUCACAUAUUAAAAGGUAUGAAGACAUAUUCAACUACUACUUUUGUCCUGAAAGAUCAUUUCACUCAACUGCCAAGAGGCCGUGUUGUUGUCACGAGAGUCCAAAAGGAUAGCCCUUUUUUUUAACAUUUAAUAAAACUUAUAUGCUAAGAACAGACUCCUAUUACUAACUGUAUGUAAAGUAGUCGAUGCAAAUGGUAUGUACAUUAGAAAAUUAGUUUGACAGAUGUUAUAUUUUUGUACAUAUAAUACUUCAACUGUGAAAGUUUUCUGCCGUUCCAGAGGCACCUUGAUAAAUCAUAGAUCAUCUUCAGUCACACAAUAUUUGUACAUUCACUGGAAUACAUGUCAAUCAUUUUAUGUAAUUUGCAAAGGAAAAGUCCUACCCUUCUGCUUGUAAAUUGUACAGUGACCUUAUAUUGAAAAAUUUAUUUUCUAAUUCCAACAUUGCUUAGUGUAAAGUUAAAAAUCUAUAUUUAUUUGAAGGUUUAUUAUUUUAUAAUGAAAUAUAUUUAUUUUGAGAAAGCAUUGUUAAUGUGUCACCUCUUAAUGGGGCUAUUCUGUAGUUUUUGAGGUGACUCGUAGGAGUGUCAAAGCUGAAUGAAUAGUUCACUCUGAAUUAGAAGACAAAUAUAUUAACGUUUGAAAUUAAACAACCUUGAAGUCUGA